UCUACAACAGUGCACUUAAUAUUUCCUCUUCCGUCAGUUUUUCGGACAUAAAUACGGUUGGGUUAUUUUGAAAAGUAGGAAAGGAACUUUAAAAAAGACACAUCUAAUCUGAUAAUUUCGUUUGAGAAAUGCAAAACCAAGUUGAACCGCUUGUGCAGACGAUGACGAGCUUGACGGAAGCUUCUUCAUACGUUACGAGACAAGACAUAUUAAAUUUUCCUUUUCCGUACAAGUUGUGGCUGGUUGUCCACAUGGAUUUCUGUGACUUUUUGCGUUGGAAUCGAGACGGAACUGUAAUAUUGCUCGAUUUAGUAGCUCUGGAAGAUUAUUUAAAUUCCACGCGUUCCAUAUUUAAAAUUAAAAAUCGUUCUACAUUUCUGGAGCAUCUCGAACAGUUUAAAUUCGAUAGAUUGAAUGCCACGCCGGAAGCGGAAGAGGACUUGCUUUUGCAGUAUAAAAACGAAAACUUUCAGCGACACCGUUUGGACCUUUUAGCGAAGAUCCGUCGACAUACCUAUCAACUAUUGGGUAAUAUUGAAAAGACGGACGGCAUUUGUGGUACGGAAACUGCUGCCCAAUUGCAACAAAUGUCUGAAGAACUGAAGUACCGCCAGGUAGCUGAUCGGAUGCUGGGCGAUUUAUGCUUUAUGUCACAUGGCGGUCUGUCGAAAAUCCAAAAGAGUCGACUACGUUUCCAAACAGUUUUGGGUUUCCAAAAUGAAACACGCAUAUUGGAAGAGAAGCUACAGGCUUCUGACGAAUAUGCGGCUAUACAGGCUCAACAACGCAGACUUAAAUCAGAUGUGCUUGGACGUACGAGCAUUGGAGCAACGGAAGAGGAGCAGGUCAUAGAACUGCCUGUUGAUUUAUUUGAGAAUCCACAUGAUUCGGUGCUACAUUUGGGAGACGACUUCCGACCAGAAUAUGCGGGGUAUUAUGGAAAUUGCAGCAAAGAUCAGGUCUUACAUUUCUUUGGAGAUUACUUACCUAUGUACGAAGAUGGUUCAAUGGAAGUAAAGAAAAUUCUGGCAGAAAUAUGUCCUACUAAUCAGCACACCAUUUCCUCGAACAAAGGGCAAUUGUGUAUGCAGGCUCAAAUUAUUGAUUCAGAUUAUAGUUUAACAUCGACAUUGUCUGAAUCUAUCUCUCAACAAAUUGUACCCACAUUAAACUUGUCCUCAACUUUGGAACCGAUUUUUAAGAACGACGAGGAAGAGGAUGUAAAUAACAACUUACUUACUAACGACAAUAAUGGAAAUAUUUGUAGCUUGGGAGAGACAGAAGCUGAAAUUUCCAUGGAUGAUUUCAUAAAAUUUAAAUCAAAUAUAAAGGAAGACAUAAAAAUUAAUUGUGCUGAAACAGGUAAAGAUUUUCCCCAGAUGCCAGCGGCAGUGAAAAUGGAAAUCGCCGACGAAUCAGACUCGGAGAACGAAGCCAAUUUCCGUAAUUUCUUCAGUCAAUAUCGUGCUUCCUUAAAUUUACUAUAUGAACGUCAUUGAUGGGGAUGGAUACA